CAUACGGCGGUGUCGUCGCUCUCGGACCCGCGUUUACGUCGCAGGCGUCGUCGUCGUCGUCGUCGUCAUCGUCAUCGUUCAGUGUCCCCGGUCGCGCGCGCAUACGUUUUACGUGCGUCAUUUUUUUUGUUUUUUUUUUAGCGGGGGACGUCUCGUCCGGUCGCUCCCGCGUCUUUCGCUCUCUUCACCUCUCGUUGAACGUCUCUCCGACUCCGGGAACGCGAGGUGCCCACGUACGACGCGCGUCCUCCACGGCGAUGUCGUCCACGGUGAAGUACACAUCGGACGAGCAGCUGAGCGAGUCCUGGGUGGAGCUGGUGCCGGAUCCGCCGCUGGCAGCCCGGAUAACGCCUACGCCGUUCAGCGUCACCGGCGAGCGUGAAUACCUGCGACUUCUCAGGGAAGCACAGAGGGAUUCCACACACUCGUCCGCGAGACAUUCCCUGGCGUCCUCGCGCCGGGACACCCCGAGGGACAGCCCGAAGAGCCCGCCGAACAGCCCAAACACGGAACUCUCGACCGAAGAUGAGCUUAAAGGAGUCUAUAUAAAUUACGGCUGCAACAAGGAGGGUGAACUUCUCGAGAAGAACACGGAUUGGAUCUACGAGUGGAGUUCUCGGCCGGACCAGGCGCCUCCAAAGGACUGGAAGUUCAAACACCCCUUGAGUAGUAAGAGGAAGACGUACAGCAUCCGCACCGCGAAGGUUGGCAAGAACGGAUUGUUUUCCAAGGAGGUCAUUUACACUCUAUUCUUCACGAAUCUUUUGUCAUUGCUUAUUGGAACCGGUUUAGGCGUUUUGCUCACCAGGCGGGGCUUGAUAAUGUCUCGCGUCGCCAUUGAAUGAAGGGCACGACUACGGGUGUGUCAGCAUCAAGAUUGUCAUGGUUGAAUCUGCACGGAGAACGAGGGCUGGAGAUAAUGCAAGAAAGACUGAACAAGCCGGUGGGCGAUCGAGCCUAAAAACAGUUACACGCAGCACAUAAUUCGAUUGUCCCAAUUUCUAAUAUUAGCACUUUGUAUUAUAUAUUAGCACUUUUAUUCCCCCAAAUCCCUUACUGUACUUGUGUACUUCUCAGAAUUGCGUAUGCCAGAUAUAAAUAAUAUGCGUCAUGUGCUUAGGAAGUGGGAAAGUUAAGGAAAAAGGCAGAAGGAACAGAAGAAAGGAAUCUAUCAUAUGUAACUUAGAGUUGUUGAAAGGGACAGGAAAAUGAACAAAACAUGUCCAUUUUAUACCGUUUCUAAUGCGUUUCUAUCUGCAAUAGUUUUUAGGCAUAGCUUGAAUAGUAUUUAUCAGAAACUAAUUAUUGUUAGAACGAAAAAAGCAGGUGAGACUGCGAGAGGGAAUGGGAGAGAAAGCGAGAGAGAAAGAGAGAGUGAAAGAGAGAAAGAAUGAGAGUUAUUGUACGGGUAUGUAUCAGUAAAGAAACAUCAGAGUUUAUUGAAAAGGAUUAAAAUUUAUCGAUAAAGAACAAUCCCGAAGAAUGCCGCACACUCGUCUUGUUUACGGGUUAUAGGAGUUUUGUUGCAUUGCGAGCGAGUUUUAACGUUAUGAUAACGUUAUGAUAAUGAGAAGGAAAUGUAUGUCGUGUCCAGUAAAUUUGAAACAGAACGUGAUUAAAUGUUAAAUAAUAAGGCAAUGUCGAUUAUUCCUUUUUUAAUUAUUGCGCGACGAUUGUAUAAAUCGUUAUCUCGGUGGUGAUCUAAAAGGGGUAACGCCAGUAGAGUUCCUACGGAGGAAGUAUCGAUGCUGACGCCCAUCGUUUCGACGCCGACUACGGGCGGUAGCCGGAAGGAGGGACCAUAAGAACGAGCAGACUUGUUUUGCGAACGACGAGAGAUUUUUGGGGAGAGGCGGCGCUUUUGUACGAUUUUGUCUUAAUCUACGGUUUUGUAAUUUCCUUGUAAUAAAUUCACAUACGAAUUCACACG